AACUACGACAUCCUCAUCGGCGUCAACCAGGGGGAGGGGCUGAAGUUCGUGGAGGACUCGCUGGAGAGCGAGGACGGCAUCUCCGCCUCCUACUUCGACUUCACCGUCUCCAACUUCGUGGACAACCUCUACGGUUACCCCGAGGGGAAGGACAUCCUACGGGAGACCAUCAAGUUCAUGUACACGGAUUGGGCCGACCGGGACAACGGGGAGAUGAGGCGUAAGACGUUGUUGGCCCUCUUCACCGACCACCAAUGGGUGGCCCCGGCGGUGGCCACGGCCAAGCUCCACGCCGAGUACCAGUCGCCC